AUGCGCCUUCUGAAAGUUCAUACACUCGCUUUCGAAGAAUUCGCAAAUGAACGCACAACACCCAAAUAUGGAAUUUUGUCGCAUCGAUGGCAAUCUCAAGAAGUAUCAUACCAAGACAUGGUCACCGGGAAUGCGAGGAAGAAGAAAGGGUUUGUCAAAGUCCGAGACUUCUGCAAGCACUGCGCGUUAGACGGCCUCUCUCACGCUUGGAUUGAUACAUGCUGUAUCAAUAAGGACAGUAGCGCUGAACUAUCCGAAGCGAUAAAUUCCAUGUUUCGAUGGUACCAGAACGCAACAAAAUGCUAUGCAUUUCUUUCCGAUGUCAGUUUCGAAAAUAGCUGGCCGUUCAGUGAAAGCGAGUGGUUUAGAAGAGGCUGGACGCUACAGGAACUUAUUGCUCCCAAUCAUAUGGAGUUCUUUGAUACUGAGUGGACAGCGCUAGGCAACAAGAGGCAUUUGGCUGGUGGCAUCUCAGCAAUUACGAAGAUUCCUAGUAACGUGCUGCUUGGUGAAAGUCCCAGAGAAUACUCAAUAGCGCAAAGGAUGUCAUGGGCGGCAAACCGAAUAACGACACGCAUUGAAGACCAGGCAUAUAGCUUGAUGGGGCUCUUUGAUGUGAACAUGCCAAUGUUAUAUGGAGAAGGAGAAAAGGCAUUUAUACGAUUACAGGAAGAGAUCAUCAAGUAUUCCGGGGACCAGACCAUCUUUGCAUGGCCUGGAAUAUUAUCCGAGUACGACAAGGCCGAAAUGUACGACGUAAUCCAUGAACACCGUGGCGGCCUGUUGGCAAAAUCCCCCCUCGCCUUUGCUCUUUGUGGCAAUAUUCGUUCGAUGGAGACGUCCGGAUCACAACGGUCAUUCGCUAUGACCAAUAUGGGUAUUUCAAUUGAGCUACUCUUGCGGCCCUGCUCGAUUGACACAUAUCAAGCAAAGUUAAACUGUGUUGCAGAAAUCAAAUCGCUCGAUGGGCCGACAUCAGAUAUCUCCAUCUAUCUGAGACAGAUUGAGCAAGACGGUCAAUAUGUAAGAGAAGUUGUAAACGGAUCAAGCACACAGUUGUGGGCUAACAGCGAUGCCGAAGAACGAAACGUUCGUGUCAAUGUGAUGCAGAUGCCGUACACGUCUUGGACUCGAAUUUGCCGACCCAACUUGCGAUUUGCUGAUAGUCCUGUCUUUGAGAAUGGCCCGGAUGGCCAGCCUUUGAUGCAGGUACUUAGUUACGACGCGCUUGAUCCUCAAGAACAGUCAAUAUCAUUAUCGCCAGAAUUCUAUGGGACAAUGGCAAUUCUGAGUAUUUUCGUGACACGAAAGCAUUCUCCACCAACUGGUAUCAUUCUCAGAUUGGGCUUUGAUUUUGAGUUCAAUCCACGGUUGUAUAUAGACUUCAAUGCUGAAAGCAAUCUUCGUCUUCCACCCGAUGCACAUGCAAGCAGAGAGUGGAUUUCAUCUCUUCCUUUUAUUCGAGCGAAGCAUGAUGAAAAGCUGUCUCGGUAUGUCGUGACACGGGAGGAAUUCAGUCCGACUCGCACCUGGGCCGCAGUCCGUGGCCACCGAGACAAGGGCUUAUUGGUGUUUCUGGAUAGCCUGAAUACGGUCAUCGACAUUGAGAAGAGAGAUUUGAUGUAUGAGCGCUACUGGACGGUCGAUAUACAGAGAUUGAAGGCAGAAGAGGACUUUUUCCUCACGCAGGUCAACGCCCCCAUUGCACCAACGACACCGCUCAAGCUCAUCGAAAAUUGUCCCAUCUGCCGCAGACCUCUACAGACACCAAUCGGCACGAAUUGUGGUCACAUAUUCUGCCAAACUUGUAUUGAUUGGGCCGAUAUUUCUAUUGUUUCUUCGGAGCUUAUUGACGUGCCACUUGACUACAACGAAUUUCCCACAACCGACAAUCGCCGAAAUGAUAGGCAAGUGCUCUGUCCGUUGUGUGGUACUGAGACCAAUCUCAGCCUUCGUUCAGACCUUCAGCGGACUUUGCAGGUGAAGUAUCUGUGGGACUACAAAAGUAGACUAGACAUUACACCCACAGCAGAGGCUUCGAGUGGACACUCCAAGAAUAAGGUGCCUGUGCUGGUGACCUUGACCUUACUUAUCGGCAACACACACAGAUUAGCACCCCUUUCGCAAUUGUCUGAUAAGUCGGAUCAGAAUAAACACGACUGGACUUUCUUCGUCCGCCCUUCGCGUCAGGAAAUGGUUCAAGAGGUGGUUGUCCAUCUACACAAGUCAUUCCGUGAUCAUAAGAUUGACUUGAGGCACUCCCCUUUUGAGAUCCGACGCUGGGGCUGGGGUACUUUUACGAUCUUCGUUGAAGUGAUCCUCAAACCAGGCUACACGAUUCUGCAUGACGAUGCAACCGAAACCACCGAGAAAGGCCUCAAUAACAGGAUGAUGUUGGAGUGGCCACUAACGUUUGAGGAUGAUGGCGGUCAAGGCAAAUUGCGGGUUAAGGUUCAGAAACAUAGGAGCAUUCUAUCAGAAGCGGACGAGAACCUUAUGGCACAGUUUCGAACGAUAAGAACGCUGCAAAGAAAGGCAUUUCAGAUACGUGCAAGUUCAGGGUUUUCCCAGCCGAACUCGGAUGCUGCGAUGUCAGGCAUCGAAAUAUGA